AUGCGGGAGCUGAGGGCGGACGUUGCUGUGAGGUGCAGUUUGCUCCAGCACUACUUGCUCACGCUGACCCACGACGACGUCAAGGAGAUGAACCAGCUGGUGAAGCACAUGAAGGAGACGGCAGACUUGGGAAUUCUUGUGUGGUCAAUUCCAUUCGAGGAGCUGUUGUGGGUUUCAGUGUCUGACGUUUACACCACAGCUUUGAAGGUGAAUCCCAAGAUGCGCAUUCGGUGCUGGCUGCCACGCGUGGAGCAUCCGAAGGAAUACGACAGCCGGCUUGCCGAAUUGCGUGGGACAGUUCAAGGAGGACUCGUGUGGUCGAUCCUACUUCGCAUGCGGAAGCGCUCUCUUUGA